UAGCGUUUUCUCAACUUUGACGGACACGUUUUCUACUCAAGAUAUAUUGACAAAAGUAAAAUAAAUCAGUUGUUAAUUAAAAAUAUAUACCAUAAAUAAUCAAUCUUUUGUAAUUCCAUAUUGAAAGUAUCUAAAAAUUAAAAAAAUAAUCCAUUAAAAUGUCUUCUUAUAUCUUGAGAAACGGUAGUGCUAAAGCCGUAUUAAAGAAGUAUUUACCACGUCAACUUAGCAACAAUACAUUGAAUAAUGCUGCCAUUACUGGUCAGUUCCGUGCCUUACACUUGACUCCCUGCUUGGAAAAGGUUGUGUCAUUCAAACUCAGUGAUAUUGGUGAAGGUAUACGUGAAGUUACUGUUAAGGAAUGGUUCGUCAAAGUUGGAGACACUGUACAGCAAUUCGAUAAUUUGUGUGAAGUUCAAUCGGAUAAAGCCUCCGUUACCAUUACCAGUCGUUAUGAUGGUAAAAUUUUGAAAUUGCACCACAAUGUUGAUGAUAUUGCUUUGGUGGGCAAGACUUUGUUGGAUUUCGAUGUUGAAGAUGAAGAAGGAGAUUCCGACAGUUCCGACUCUGAGUCUGAUGGCGAAAAAGAGAAAUCACCCGCCAAAAAGGCCGACAGCGAGGUCGCAGCUAAACCAAAUCAAGCUACUGAUGAGGAGGUAAAUCGUCAUAUUACUUUGGCUACUCCCGCUGUACGUCGUAUAGCUAAGGAAAACAAAGUGGAUUUGUCUAAAGUAACAGCAACUGGUAAACAUGGUCGUGUCCUCAAGGGGGAUGUUUUGGAAUAUUUGGGUGAAGUACCACCAGGCACUAACAUUCCUCAUCCUACAAUUGCUGCCAGAGCUGCUGCUGCUGGUAAGGCUGCAGCUCCAGUAGCUGCUAAUCGUGUGGAACCCUUGAAGGGUGUGCGUAAAGCUAUGUUGAAAUCUAUGUCUGAAUCUUUGAAAAUUCCACAUUUUGCUUAUAGCGACGAAAUCGAGAUGACCAACUUAGUAGCAUUCCGUGAUCAGUUGAAGGAAGUAGCCAAAGAGAGUGGUGUACCUAAAUUGACUUUCAUGCCCUUCUGCAUUAAGGCUGCCUCAAUUGCUCUCACUAAAUAUCCCAUUUUGAACAGUUCUUUGGAUUUGGAAACUGAAUCGAUCAUAUACAAGGGUGCCCACAAUAUCAGUGUUGCUAUUGACACUCCUCAAGGUUUAGUGGUGCCCAAUGUUAAGAAUGUCCAAAACAAAAAUAUUAUUGAAAUUGCUCAAGAUCUGAAUGGUUUAAUCGAAAGAGGACGCAAGGGUGCUUUGACACCACAAGACUUUGCUGAUGGCACAUUCUCUUUGUCCAACAUUGGUGUUAUUGGUGGCACUUAUACUCAUCCCUGUAUAAUGGCUCCUCAGGUAUCCAUUGGUGCUAUGGGUCGUACUAAGGCCGUUCCCCGUUUCAAUGACAAGGAUGAAGUUAUCAAGGCCUACAUUAUGAAUGUCAGUUGGUGUGCCGAUCACCGUGUCAUCGAUGGUGUCACCAUGGCCAGUUUCUCAAAUGUUUGGAAGAAUUACUUAGAAAAUCCGGCCUUGUUCUUAUUAAACUGAUUUGUUCCAACCAUCUGCUUUCUGCCGCUUCCUCAUCUGAUGCUAAGAUGUUGUAACUGAAGUCAUUGUCUCCCCGUACAUUGUAAAAGGCUGUAAUAUUGCAUUUAUUUUAGUUUUUGAAACAAUUUUAGUUAGAUGUAAUAUCUAUUACUUUUCUUUAACUUUAUGACGACUUUCUGUAACUGUUUAAUGUGCAUUUAUUAUGAAUAUAUAAAUAUUUAAAGUUUAAUUUUAAGUCGGUUACAGUUAAAUCGUUGCAUAUAUUCUUACAUACAUAAAUAAAUAUUUGUUUUAGUAAAUAUUAUAACAAUUAAA